UGGAAACCAUUCCGAGCUGACUUUUGAGGUCCGCAGGACAAUCAGAACUUAUUGCAACACAGUCUUCCAAACAGAACAGACCCAAGGUCUUCCAAUUGCAGUAGAUAUUUGAAACUAUAAUGCAGCAUCCACAUCCAAGUGACCAGCCUACUUACAUGCCGGAGGUUCCAUUCCAGCCAUUAUGGGGGCAAGAGGCACCACCCCCGCCGCCAAUAGUGCCCUACCAGGAGCUAAUUGCUGGAUUUCCCUGCACAGAUUUGUCUAUAUGGCAGCGAUCACAGGCAACGCCACUUGUGCCCCAACGUCCAACCACUAAUGGUAGAUCUAAUGGCACCUCAAGCUCCUCCAAGAAGACCCGACGUCGUGUGGCUUCAAUGGCCCAGAGGAGAGCCGCCAAUAUCCGCGAGCGAAGGCGCAUGUUUAACCUGAACGAGGCCUUCGAUAAGUUGCGCCGGAAGGUGCCCACCUUUGCCUAUGAAAAGCGUCUUUCCCGCAUCGAGACCCUCCGUCUAGCCAUCACCUACAUUGGCUUUAUGGCGGAGCUUCUGAGUGGCACUCCAUCGAACUCGCACAAAUCCCGCCCAGAUGUCUACGGUGGCAUGAACGGGCACCACCAGCCUGCACCACCGCCAAUCCAUCCCCACCACCUUCACCCGGCGGCGGCAUACCAGCGGGACUUUGCCUCGCCCUACAAUCAUAGUUUAACCUAGUUUUAAAUUU